CCCGCCCGGGCCCCGCCGGGGACAGGACGAGCCCGGGGCCCCGGCGGGCCGCCGCCACCAUGAGCGAGAUGGCCAGCUUCCUGCACAUCGGAGACAUCGUCUCCCUCUUCGCCGAGGGCUCCGUCAACGGCUUCAUCAGCACGCUCGGGCUGGUCGACGAUCGCUGCGUGGUGGAGCCGGCUGCGGGAGACCUAGACAACCCCCCAAAGAAGUUUCGAGACUGCCUCUUCAAGGUGUGUCCCAUGAACCGCUACUCAGCCCAGAAGCAGUACUGGAAAGCUAAGCAGACCAAACAGGACAAGGACAAGAUUGCGGAUGUUGUACUGCUGCAGAAACUGCAGCAUGCAGCCCAGAUGGAGCAGAAGCAGAAUGAGACAGAAAACAAGAAGGUGCAUGGGGAUGUGGUGAAGUAUGGCAGCGUCAUCCAGCUCCUCCACAUGAAGAGCAACAAAUACCUGACGGUGAACAAGCGGCUGCCGGCCUUGCUGGAGAAGAAUGCCAUGCGGGUCACGUUGGACGCCACUGGCAACGAAGGCUCCUGGCUCUUCAUCCAGCCUUUCUGGAAACUGCGCAGCAAUGGUGACAACGUUGUUGUGGGAGACAAGGUGAUCCUAAACCCCGUCAACGCAGGGCAGCCUCUGCACGCCAGCAACUACGAACUGAGCGACAAUGCCGGUUGCAAGGAGGUCAAUUCAGUCAAUGGCAACACCAGCUGGAAAAUCAACCUCUUUAUGCAGUUCCGAGAUCACCUGGAGGAGGUCCUGAAAGGGGGCGACGUGGUGCGGCUGUUCCAUGCGGAGCAGGAGAAGUUCCUGACGUGCGACGAAUACAAGUCCAAGCUGCAGGUGUUUCUGCGUACGACCCUACGCCAGUCCGCCACGUCUGCCACUAGCUCCAACGCCCUCUGGGAAGUGGAGGUGGUUCACCAUGACCCGUGCCGGGGAGGGGCCGGCCACUGGAACGGCCUGUACCGCUUCAAACACCUGGCCACGGGCAAUUACCUGGCCGCCGAGGAAAACCCCAGUUACAAGGGAGACGCAGCCGAGCCCAAGGCAGAAACGGGUGGCCCGGGGCGGGCCAGCCGCAGGAACGUAGGGGAGAAGAUCAAGUACCGACUGGUGGCCGUGCCCCACGGCAACGACAUCGCCUCUCUCUUUGAGCUGGACCCCACCACGCUGCAGAAGACCGACUCCUUUGUGCCACGAAACUCGUACGUGCGGCUCCGGCACCUGUGUACCAACACCUGGAUCCAGAGUACAAACGUCCCCAUCGACAUCGAGGAGGAGAGACCCAUCCGCCUCAUGCUCGGCACCUGCCCGGCCAAGGAGGACAAGGAGGCUUUUGCCAUCGUAUCUGUGCCGGUGUCGGAGAUCCGCGACCUCGACUUUGCCAACGACGCCAGCUCCAUGCUGGCCAGUGCUGUGGACAAGCUGAAUGCCGGCUUCAUCAGUCAGAAUGACCGCAGGUUUGUGAUCCAGCUGCUAGAGGAUCUGGUGUUCUUUGUCAGCGACGUCCCCAACAAUGGGCAGAACGUGCUGGACGUCGCGGUGCCCAAACCCAACCGUGAGCGGCAGAAGCUGAUGCGCGAGCAGAAUAUCCUCAAACAGAUAUUUGGCAUCUUGAAGGCUCCUUUCAAGGACAAAGGCGGAGAGGGGCCCCUGGUGAGGCUGGAAGAGCUGUCGGACCAGAAGAACGCCCCGUACCAGUACAUGUUCCGUCUCUGUUACCGCGUCCUGCGCCACUCCCAGGAGGAUUACCGCAAGAACCAGGAGCACAUUGCCAAGCAGUUUGGCAUGAUGCAGUCCCAGAUCGGCUAUGACAUCCUGGCCGAGGACACCAUCACGGCACUGCUGCACAACAACCGCAAACUCUUAGAGAAGCACAUCACCAAGACAGAGGUGGAGACCUUUGUUUCGCUAGUGCGCAAGAACCGGGAACCCAGGUUCCUGGACUACCUUUCAGACCUGUGCGUCUCCAACCACAUCGCCAUCCCCGUCACCCAGGAACUCAUCUGCAAGUGUGUUUUGGACCCCAAGAACAGUGACAUUCUCAUCAAGACAGAGCUGCGACCAGUGAAGGAGAUGUCCCAAGCACACGAAUACCUGAGCAUCGAGUAUUCGGAGGAGGAGGUGUGGCUGACUUGGACUGACCGGAACAACGAGCAGCACGAGAAGAGCGUCCGCCAGUUGGCCCAGGAGGCCCGCGCCGGCAAUGCCCAUGACGAGAACGUGCUCAGCUACUACAGGUACCAGCUGAAGCUGUUUGCCCGCAUGUGCCUGGACCGCCAGUACCUGGCCAUCCACGAGAUCUCCAAGCAGCUGGGCGUGGAGCUCAUCUUCCUGUGCUUGGCAGAUGAGGUGCUGCCCUUCGACCUGCGGGCCUCCUUCUGCCACCUCAUGCUGCACGUGCAUGUGGACCGGGACCCCCAGGAACUCGUCACUCCCGUCAAGUUUGCUCGCCUCUGGACCGAGAUCCCCACGGCCAUCACCAUCAAAGACUACGACUCCAACCUGAACGACUCCCGGGAUGACAAGAAGAACAAGUUUGCGAGCACCAUGGAGUUCGUGGAGGAUUAUCUGACCGGCGUGGUCAGCGAGCCUGCGCCUUUCGCCAACCAGGAGAAGAACAAACUUACUUUCGAGGUCGUCAGCCUGGCCCACAACCUCAUCUACUUCGGCUUCUACAGCUUCAGCGAGCUGCUGCGGCUCACCAGGACGCUCCUGGGGAUCAUCGACUGUGUGCAGAACCCUCAGGCCCUGCUGCAGGCCGAGUACAAUGACGACAACGGGAAGGAUGUCCGGCGGUCCAUCCAGGGCGUGGGCCAGAUGGUGUCCACCAUGGUGCUGAGCCGCAAGCCGUCGCUGUUCGGUGGCACCGGCCUGAGCGUGGCCGGCAGCCCCGAGUCCCUGGAGAGGGGCUGCAGCAUCGACAGUGAGAACAUCGUGGUCAUGGAGACCAAGCUCAAGAUUCUGGAGAUCCUGCAGUUCAUCCUCAACGUGCGCCUGGAUUACCGCAUCUCCUACCUGCUCUCCGUCUUCAAGAAGGAGUUCGUCGAGGUCUUCCCUAUGCAGGACAGCGGGGCAGACGGGACGGCCCCGGCCUUCGACUCCUCCACGGCUGCCAUGAACCUGGAACGGAUUGGGGAGCAGGCAGAGGCUAUGUUCGGGAUAGGGAGGACGAGCAGCAUGCUGGAGGUGGACGACGAGGGCGGGCGCAUGUUUCUGCGCGUGCUCAUCCACCUGACCAUGCACGAUUACGCGCCCCUCGUCUCCGGGGCCCUGCAGCUGCUCUUCAAACACUUCAGCCAGAGGCAGGAGGUCAUGCACACCUUCAAACAGGUGCAGUUGCUGAUCUCAGCCCAGGAUGUAGAGAACUACAAGGUGAUCAAGUCAGAGCUGGACCGGCUGCGGACGAUGGUGGAGAAGUCGGAGCUGUGGGUGGACAAGAAGAGUAGUCACAAGGGCGACGAGGUUGGGGAGGGGGCCAAGAAGGAGAAGAAAGAGCGCCCCAACGAGGAGGCCUUGCCCCCCACUGGGGAGAGAAGCAGCGAGAACUACCAGAUUGUGAAGGGGAUCCUGGAGCGUCUGAACAAGCUGUGCGGGGUGGGCGAGCAGAUGCGGAAGAAGCAGCAGCGGCUGCUCAAAAACAUGGACGCCCACAAAGUCAUGCUGGAUCUUCUGCAGGUCCCCUAUGAGAAGGGAGAUGCCAAGAUGCAGGAGAUUCUCAGAUCGACCCACCAGUUCCUGCAGAAGUUCUGUGCCGGGAACCCUGGAAACCAAGCUCUGCUGCACAAACACCUCAGCCUCUUCCUCACGCCCGGGCUCCUGGAGGCGGAGACCAUGCAGCACAUCUUCCUGAACAACUACCAACUGUGCGCGGAGAUCGGCGAGCCCGUGCUGCAGCACUUUGUGCACCUGCUGGCCACCCACGGGCGGCACGUACAGUACCUGGACUUCCUGCACACCGUCAUCAAGGCCGAGGGCAAGUACGUCAAGAAGUGCCAGGACGCCAUCAUGACCGAGCUGACCAACGCGGGAGAUGAUGUAGUGGUCUUCUACAACGACAAGGCCUCCCUGGCCCACAUGCUGGAGAUGAUGGCGGCGGCACGCGACGGGGUGGAGGAGAACAGUCCCCUCAUGUACCACAUCUCGCUCGUCGACCUUCUGGCCGCCUGCGCCGAGGGCAAGAACGUAUACACCGAGAUCAAAUGCACGUCUCUCCUGCCUCUGGAGGACGUGGUGUCCGUGGUGACGCAUGAGGACUGCAUCACUGAGGUGAAGAUCGCGUACGUGAACUUUGUCAAUCACUGCUACGUGGACACAGAGGUGGAGAUGAAGGAGAUCUACACCAGCAACCACAUCUGGACGCUCUUCGAGAACUUCACCCUGGACAUGGCCAGGGUGUGUAAGAAGCGGGAGAAGCGCAUCGCGGACCCCACCCUGGAGAAGUACGUGCUCACCGUGGUCCUGGACACCAUCACCGCCUUCUUCAGCUCCCCUUUCUCGGAGAAUAGCACGUCCCUGCAGACCCACCAGACCAUCGUGGUGCAGCUGCUGCAGUCGACCAUGCGCCUGUUGGAAUGCCCGUGGCUCCAGCAGCAGCACAAAGGCUCAGUGGAGACAUGCAUCCGCACGCUGGCUAUGGUCGCCAAGAGCCGGGCCAUCGCCCUGCCCAUGGACCUGGACUCCCACGUCAGCUCCCUGCUCAACAGCAGCGCCAGCUGUGCCGUCCAGAGGAACGCCGCCAGCUACAAGACGGCCACCCGCACCUUCCCCCGCGUCUCCACGCCCGCCAACCAGUGGGACUACAAGAACAUCAUCGAGAAGCUGCAGGACAUCAUCAACACCCUGGAGGAGCGGCUGCAGCCUCUGGUGGAGGCCGAGCUGUCCGUGCUGGUGGACGUGCUCCAUCGGCCGGAGCUGCUCUUCCUGGAGGGGACGGACGCCUAUCAGCGCUGCGAGAGCGGGGGCUUCCUGUCCAAGCUCAUCCAACACUCCAAGGACCUGAUGGAGUCAGAGGAGAAGCUGUGCAUCAAGGUGCUAAGGACCCUGCAACAGAUGCUGGUGAAGAAGAGCCAGUAUGGGGACAGGGGGAACACCCUGCGGAAGAUGCUGCUCAACAACUAUCUGCAGAACCGAAAAUCCAGCUCCAAGGGCGAGAUUCCCGAUCCCUCCGGAAGUGGCCAAGACCAGGACUGGGCUCUCGUUGCUGCCACCCAGUGCCGCCUGGACAAGGAGGGGGCCACCAAGCUGGUGUCGGACCUCAUCAUGAGCACCAAGAACGAGAAAAUCUUCCAGGAGAGCAUCGGGCUGGCCAUCCGCCUGCUGGAUGGGGGCAACACCGAGAUCCAGAAAUCUUUCUAUAACCUCAUGAUGAGCGACAAGAAGUCGGAGAGGUUUUUCAAGGUCCUGCACGAGCGGAUGAAGAGGGCGCAGCAGGAGACUAAGUCCACCGUGUCCGUGAACAUGAGUGACCUCGGCAGCCAGCCCCGGGAGGGCCGCGACCCCGGGGACCCCGGAGAGCAAGCCCACAAAGGGCGUGUGCCCCACUUCCCUCUGCCCAGCUCUCUGUCCCGCUACUCCUUGAGCCUCAGCUUCCGCAAGGGCCACGAGGCCGGCCAGCGCGGGCAGAGCCACGAGAUGGGCAUGUCGGUCCUCAUCAUGCAGCCCAUCCUGCGCUUCCUGCAGCUGCUGUGCGAGAACCACAACCGGGAUCUCCAGAAUUUCCUGCGUUGCCAGAACAACAAAACCAACUACAACUUGGUGUGUGAGACGCUGCAGUUCCUGGACAUCAUGUGCGGCAGUACGACCGGAGGCCUGGGGCUGCUGGGGCUCUACAUCAACGAGGAUAACGUGGCCCUCAUCCUGCAGACUCUGGAGACCCUCACCGAGUACUGCCAGGGCCCCUGCCACGAGAACCAGAGCUGCAUAGUGACUCACGAGUCCAACGGCAUCGACAUCAUCACGGCCCUGAUCCUGAAUGACAUCAGCCCGCUCUGCAAGUAUCGCAUGGACCUCGUGCUCCAGCUCAAGGACAACGCAUCCAAGCUGCUGCUGGCCCUGAUGGAGAGCCGGCACGACGGCGAGAACGCCGAGCGCAUCCUCAUCAGCCUGCGGCCUCAGGAACUGGUGGACGUGAUCAAGAAGGCCUAUCUGCAGGAGGAGGAGUGUGAGAACUCCGAGGUCUCUCCCCGUGAAGUGGGGCAUAACAUCUACAUCCUGGCCCUGCAGCUCUCCCGCCACAACAAGACACUGCAGCACCUGCUGAAGCCCGUGAAGCGAAUCCAGGAAGAGGAAGAGGAGGGCAUCUCGUCCAUGCUCAGCCUCAACAACAAGCAGCUGUCGCAGAUGCUCAAGUCCACGGCCCCAGCCCAGGAGGAGGAAGACGACCCACUGGCCUACUAUGAGAACCACACGUCCCAGAUCGAGAUCGUGCGUCAGGACCGCAGCAUGGAGCAGAUCGUGUUCCCGGUGCCCGGCAUCUGCGAGUUCCUGACGGAGGAGACCAAGCACCGACUGUUCACCACCACGGAGCAGGACGAGCAGGGCAGUAAAGUCAGCGACUUCUUCGACCAGUCGUCGUUCCUGCACAACGAGAUGGAGUGGCAGAGGAAGCUGCGCAGCAUGCCGCUGAUCUACUGGUUCUCUCGCCGGAUGACUCUGUGGGGCAGCAUCUCCUUCAACCUGGCCGUCUUCAUCAACAUCAUCAUCGCCUUCUUCUACCCCUACGUGGAGGGGGCUUCCACUGGCGUGCUGGGCUCCCCACUCAUCUCCCUGCUCUUCUGGAUCCUCAUCUGCUUCUCCGUCGCGGCCCUGUUCACCAAGCGCUACAGCAUCCGGCCCCUGAUCGUGGCCCUGAUCCUGCGCUCCAUCUACUACCUGGGCAUCGGUCCCACCCUCAACAUCCUGGGAGCUCUCAAUCUGACGAACAAGAUCGUGUUUGUGGUGAGCUUCGUGGGCAACCGCGGCACCUUCAUCCGGGGGUACAAGGCCAUGGUCAUGGACAUGGAGUUUCUCUACCACGUCGGCUACAUCCUUACCAGCGUCCUGGGCAUCUUCGCCCAUGAGCUUUUCUACAGCAUUCUGCUCUUUGACCUGAUCUACCGCGAGGAGACCCUGUUCAACGUGAUCAAGAGCGUCACCCGCAACGGCCGGUCCAUCCUGCUGACCGCCCUGCUGGCCCUCAUCCUGGUCUACCUCUUCUCCAUCGUCGGCUUCCUCUUCCUCAAGGACGACUUCAUCCUGGAGGUGGAUCGGCUCCCUGACAACAAGUCCAAAGCCAGCCCCCUGGGAAUGCCCCAUGGCUCGGCGGCCUUCGGGGACACGUGCGGCGCGGACCGGGUCGGCUGUUCCAGUGGCAUCUCUGUGCCCGAGGCUCAGGAAGAGGAGGAUGAGGGCGGCACGGAGCGAGCCUGCGACACCCUGCUCAUGUGCAUCGUCACGGUGAUGAACCACGGGCUGCGCAACGGCGGGGGCGUCGGGGACAUCCUCCGCAAGCCGUCCAAAGACGAGUCCCUGUUCCCCGCCCGGGUCAUCUACGACCUCUUGUUCUUCUUCAUCGUCAUCAUCAUCGUUCUGAACCUCAUCUUCGGGGUCAUCAUUGACACCUUUGCCGACUUGAGGAGCGAGAAGCAGAAGAAGGAGGAGAUCCUCAAAACCACGUGCUUCAUCUGUGGUCUGGAGAGGGACAAGUUUGACAACAAAACAGUGUCCUUCGAGGAGCACAUCAAAUUCGAGCACAACAUGUGGAACUACCUGUAUUUCAUCGUGCUCGUGCGUGUGAAGAAUAAGACCGACUACACAGGCCCCGAGAGCUACGUGGCCCAGAUGAUCAAGAACAAGAACCUGGACUGGUUCCCGCGCAUGCGAGCCAUGUCGCUGGUCAGCAACGAGGGCGAAGGCGAGCAGAAUGAAAUCCGCAGCCUGCAGGACAAGCUCAACUCCACCAUGAAGCUGGUGUCUCACCUCACCUCGCAGCUCAAUGAGCUCAAGGAGCAGAUGACGGAGCAAAGGAAGCGCAGGCAGAGGAUGGGCUUCGUGGACGUCCAGAACUGCAUGAGCCGCUGAGACCCAACUGUCCUCCCCUCAGCGGGGAGACCUGCCGCGCCCCCAACCCCCGAGGGCUCCUGGACACCCACGCCCGGCUUGGAAGCCACUGCUCUGCGGCCCCGCCGAGGAUCGGCCGCCUCCGGCGGGGUCAGGCUCCGCGCCACUCUCCCCCGACGUGGGGCCGGGCCUCCGGGGGUGGAAGGGGGCCGGGACCGGGUUCCCCUUCCUGGACCGUUCACUCCGUCCCUGCCUUGGAGCAAGAGGAACGUGGCACUCGUUUCCCUGUGGCCCUAACAUUGGUUCGAAGGGCUUUUUACUCCUUUACGUGGGGGAGCUCACCCCGGCCUUCACGCACUACAUCCCGGGAGCCUAGCUAGCCCCGGUACCGUUACCGGCCACCUUCGGGCUUCGUCCCGUAAUUUAUUCCACGGAUGCCGCCUGACGCCCGCCCGGGCUCUUGGGGCCCCAGACCCGCGGCCGAGGCGUCAGGCCCCCGGCCUACCACCGCCCGCCCCCGGCCGCCGGGAGCCGCCGGGCCGGAAGCCGUCAGGUGCGGAUUCGUCGCCGCCCCGCAGCGGGGUGCGUCGGAGAUGACGGGGACGACCGAGGCUGUGGUUCACGGGGCCGUCUCUGGUCAGGAAGACGCUUCCUCUGAGUCGAGGCGGGGCCUGCAGGUGCCGGGCCGGCUUGCUGUGAAGGGUGGUUUGGGGUUUUUUUUUUCCUUCCCUUCUCUGGGGUGACGUUUUACAAAUUUCUAUGGCUGAGAACUAAUACGUUAAUCGCCUUAAAUAAAUUUAAAUUCGAAUCCU